AUGAGCAGAUUGGCGGCGAUUUGCCUGCUGGCAACGUGCAUCGCCUCUCAUUGUGUGACCACCGCACGUGAGAUCCCGAGAGCCCAUUACGACGACCUGCAGAUAGCCGCUUCUCACCAUCAUGAGAGCGGGCAUGGAGAAGAACAUCAUUCCGAUCAUCAUCACAAACACGGUGGAAAAGGCGAUAAAGGAUACAAGUCGGAACAUCAUCACGAAAAAGGAGAAAAGGGACACCACGACAAAGAGGACCAUUCUGGACAUUAUCACAAAGAUGAAGGCCAUAAGAAGCAUCAUCAUCACGAUGACGGCUACCACGGCGAACACCACAAGGGCGAGAAAGGUGAGAAGGGUCAUAAAUUCCAUGAGAAAGGACAUUAUGGCAAGGGCCACAGCACUAAGGGACAUCACGAAGUCCACAAACUCGACGAAUUUAAGAAAGAUAAGAAAUUCUUCGACGAACAUCAUGAUCAUGGUCAUCAUGAAGAACACGGUGGCCAUCAUCAUGAACACGGGCAUAAGAAGGGCGGUCACUUUAAGAAAGGACACCAUGAUCAUCAUCAUCACGAGGACCAUUAUGGCAAGAAAGGUCAUCAUGAAAAAGGACACCAUCAUCACGAUCAUAAAGGUCAUAAAGGCCAUGGCGAUCACGAGGAGCAUCAUCAUCAUCAUUCCCAUCAUGGCAAGAAGGGCGGCCAUGAAGAUCACAAGCAUUGGGGAUUUAAAAAGGGACAUUGA